AUGGAUGACCCUUUAUUACAUCUUGCCGAGAAUCAAAAUAAUCUUCUCGACAAAAAGUAUUCAGGGCGUCGCAUUACAUUAACAAGAGGAUUAUAUUGCAAGAUAUUUGUUCCAAUCGGAAUUUUAUGCUUCAUUAUGGCAAUAAUUCUAAAAUAUACAGUCCCAACAGCCAUCGAAAUAGUUCAGGAAUAUGACGAUUACUGUCCAUUAGGUAAGACAUGUGAUUUUAUUAUCAGCGUCCCAAAACCAAUGAAAUUUCCAAUUGCAUUAUUAUAUCAGCUCGACAAUUUUUACCAAAAUCAUUUAGGUUCUGUUGGAUCACGCUCCGACGCCCAACUAUUAGGUAAGUAUGUUGAUUUCGAUAAAAUGAAAAUGUGUGCCCCUUAUCGUUCUCACAAUGACAGUAAGGAUCCAACUCAAUGGAUACUUCCUUGUGGCGUUGAAGCAAUAAGCUACUUCAAUGAUUCGUUUUCUAUGAUUCCUUACCAAGAUAUUAAUCCGACGGGCUGCUCACGAUCUGGCAUUAAAGUUAGAGCGUUGAAUAGUAGAUAUUCUGGCCAUAAAUGGCUCGAAGAUAACAUUGUAUUUCCAACAGAAUACAUUUCCCAUAGAUUUUCUAUUUGGAUGGACACUGCUGCCUUUCCAAGUUUCAGAAAAAUGUAUGGAAUCAUUAAAGGGUCUGGCUAUUUAGCUGGUCCAAAUAUUACAAUCUCGAUUACAAACAACUAUGACGCUACAGUAUUUAAUGGAAGGAAAUCUCUAGUAUUAACUACGCAAGGAUAUGAUGCUGUGUCAUUACAAUAUCUUUUUGGCCUGUUUAUUGCUACAGGAAUAGUUAUUGAAUUAUUUUGUGUUUUUAUUUUUGUUUACAAGAAAUAA